AUGAACAUCGUUGUCGAUCUUGUUGUCGCAAUAGAUUGCUUUCUUCCUUCCGUUAUGUGCCCGGGGCCUACGAAUUUGAAUCAGACUUAUACAGGCUUCACGAUUCUUUCACGAGGGUUUUACAAGUAUAGGUUCCUUGACGCAAGUGUAUGCGAAGUAACCCCAAGUACUGUUGACCACACAAUCCGCGCCAAAUAUUCCAAUGACCCCAUUUCUUCCGAGGUCAAUUCAUCCACUCCUUUCCGACCAGAGCAUGUUCAUAAGACCAUCUUCGAUGCGUCAAAUACCCUUCAUCUCAUUAUGGCAUCCGCUGCCGGGAGUCUGGUUCUCCAAGGAUGGGACUAUUGCCAACAAGGGCGUAAAGGUGGGGCUACAGGACAAUGGUACAAUGAAGAUGUUCGUGGAAAAGAAGCUCGUGUGAUUUUGGGUACCAUUGUGCUAUGGCAGUUGUUUCUUCUUACUCGUAUCCCCAUUUUUACUCCUGUCUGA